AACAAUUCUGUGACUUUUAAUACUAUUUUGUAAACAGGAGGAAAAUGUUUAGAAAAUUUGAUGAAAAAGACAGUGUUUCUAGUAUACAGCAACUAAAAUCAUCAGUCCAGAAAGGAAUUCGUUCAAAACUUUUAGAACUAUAUCCUCAUUUAGAUGGUCAUAUAGAUGCUAUAAUUCCAAAAAAGGAUGCUUUUCGACUAGUGAAAUGUCAUGAUCAUAUAGAAAUUAUAGUAAAUGCAACAGGAGAUCUUUUGUUUUUCCGUCAACGCGAGGGAUCUUGGAUGCCCACUUUAAGAUUGUUACAUAAAUACCCAUUUUUUUUACCAAUGCAACAAGUUGAUAAAGGUGCUAUCCGGUUCGUUCUUAGUGGAGCUAAUAUUAUGUGUCCUGGUUUAACAUCAAAAGGUGCAAAGAUGACACCUGUAGAAAAGGGAACAGUUGUUGCUGUUAUGGCAGAAGGCAAGCAACAUGCUUUAGCUGUGGGUGUUACUACAUUGUCAACAGAAGAUAUAAUUAAGGUGAACAAAGGAAUAGGCAUAGAAAAUUGUCAUUAUUUAAAUGAUGGACUUUGGCAAAUGAAAUCUGUGAAAUAAAAGACUGAUGUAUAUUGUUCAAAAU